AUGGCAGAGGGCGAGGAGAGGCGGGGAGAAGGCAACUUCCAGGAGCUGCUUCCCUCUCCUUAUGGGCCACCGCAGCCCCUCUCCCUGGGGUUCCCUAAGGAGCAGUCCCAGGACGAGCUGGAGGAGGAUGAUGAUGGUGAAGAGCAAGAGGAGUCACAGCACACAGAGGGACAAUUUGAUGGAGUGUUGGAUGAAAGCACCGUGGCUGAGGGACUCCACAAGUUGGGGCGCUCAGCCCUUGGAAUCGAAUAUGUUUAUCUUAACUUGUCUCUUUCAGGUCGUGAGUUAAGUGAUAUCAACAUUCUCUCCAGAUACAUUCACCUACAGAAGCUGGACCUUUCAAGUAAUAAAAUUAAUGAUCUCUCUUGUAUCAGUCACAUGCCUCACUUACUAGAACUGAAUGCUUCCAACAACCAAUUGACUACAUAUUUCAGUUUUAAACCACCUAAAAAUCUCAAGGAAGUAGAUUUCUCCUCCAAUCAAAUCCCUGAAAUGCAAGAUUUGUCAGCAUACCAGUCACUGACUAAACUCUUGCUGGAUUUUAAUAACAUAGAGGAGAUAAGAGGACUAGAGAAGUGCAACAGUUUGACUCAUCUCAGCUUGUCACACAACAGACUCAUCACAAUCAGUGGCCUUGACAACUUACCCAUCAAAAUCCUCAAUCUGAGCUCUAACCAGAUUGAGAAGGUAACUGGGUUGGACAGCUUGAAAACUCUACAGAAGCUGGACCUGUCUAGCAAUAAAAUAACUAGUCUAGAAGGCUUGGAGGAGCAUGACCUACUAGAGACAAUCAACCUAGAGGAUAACCAGAUUGCUGAGCUGCCUGGAUUUCAAUGUCUUAGAGGUCUGCCUCUCCUCAGAGCUUUAAAUCUUUUAAAAAAUCCUGUACAGGAGCAAACAGAUUACUGGCUCUUGGUGAUUUUCACGUUCCUCCAACUAACAGAGCUGGAUCUCAAGAAGAUCUCAGUGGAAGAAAAGGUUGCUGCUGUGAAUAAAUACGAUCCUCCUCCAGAAGUUGUUGCUGCUGAAGAUCAUAUGACUCAUGUAAUGUACAGCAUGCUGCAGCCCCAGAGGAUCUUUGACAGCACUUUACCUAGUCUUGAUACUUCCUACCCCAUGCUGGUGUUAGUUGGCCCUGUGGCCUCUGGGAAGAGGGAGCUGAGUCAUAAGAUCUGCAGACAGUUCAACAAUUACUUCAGAUAUGGUCCCUGUCACACUACCAGGGCAGCUUACUUUGGUGAAGAAAACAGACUUGAUUACUAUUUCGUUUCUGAAGAAGCAUUUGACAAAAUGGUGAACACAGGGAAGUUUAUAGCAACCUAUAAAUACAGUGGCUAUCGCUACGGCCUUGGAAGAGACACCAUCGAAUCAAUUGCCAGAGAGGGUCUUGCAACCUGUGUUCACUUAGAAAUAGAGGGUGUGCGUAGCUUGAAGAAUACCUACUUCAAACCCAGAUAUAUCCUGGUGGUACCAAUGAACAAAGAACAAUAUGAAGGACAUCUGAGGAGGACAGGAUUAUUCAGCAGGCCAGAGAUUGAAGAGGCAGUCUCCAGAGUGGACACAUACAUCAAAAUGAGUCAGGAUUUCCCAGGAUACUUUGAUGCAGUGGUCAACACAGAUGAAUUGGAUGAGGCGUUCACAGAGCUGAGUUUCCUCGUAAAGGCAUACCUGGGUUUGGAGCCACCUGCAGUUGUUGAUAGGAUUCAGGACUUGAAUAGCAGAGCAGGUACUGGUUCAAGAGUAAAGUUCUUACAAGAGCAGAGAUUGUCACCUGGCAGGGCAAUGACUGGAACUACUCAGUCUUCAUCUGUCAACAAGUUCUUGGACUCAUCUGCCAAAAGGUAUCCAGGAGGCAUCUCAGACAAACUCACUGAACAACUGAGCCCUCUGGAAGAAGCUUCUCUGCAAAGGCGCCGGGCUGCAGCACGUCAGGCUCUGGCAGGGAAGGCACCUCCUGCCUAUGUCCAGUUGUUUCAAAGAUGAAGAAAAUGAGGAAGAAUUCAGUCACUGUAGUAUUUAUUCAGUGGCACUGCUG